AUGGUAGACUGGGAAAAUCUGCGAACUGAAUCGUCAGAAAAUUCCUUCGAGCAGGAACUAGUUGAUGCGGUUAUCACAUGUGCCCUAGUGCAACAUGUGAAAGAAGCGACUAGGUACGACCCGGACACUGAAUCAUCCUUAUUAGAUCUUAUACUGACUCACUAUGA